AUGAAGAUGAAUAUGAACAUGGGAGUGAACAUGGACAUGGACAUGAGAGUGGAUAUGGUUUCUGCUGCUAUCCCAGCUCCCCAAUCAAGAGACAUGCCUUGCGAGGAGCCCUCGUCGGUGCCUCCAUCCAUGCGUCUCUCACCUGCACACAACGCCCCGCAGCCCUACGGCAUCAUCCCCCCUCGCCGCAAGCACAGCCCCGCCCGUGGACGAGCUCGUUCCUCCUCCUCUUUACCACCCUCUUUAGAGCUCUUACCGACCCUCAACAGCCAUAACACAUCCAACAGCACCAGCAUGGAGCACGAAUCCCUCUUCCAGUCCCUCCAGAACCUCAUGUUCUCUGAUACCCCUCUUUCCUGCCGCCCCGGCUUCUGGGCCAGUCUCAAGGCCCAGUACCUCGCCACCGCACACCACCACCUGCCCUCAUGGGUUUCCAGCAACAGCAAGGGCGACAGCAACAAGACCUCUGGCAGUUGCAGUAGGAAGGCAAUGAGCCGUCGUUCAACCACCAGUUGUCAUGGACGCGAUUUUGCACCCCCAAUUGCUCUGAUGGUCUCGAACAGCUCUCCGGUGGUCACUUUGGAUGCGAGGCCCUUGGUCACCAGCUCCUCGAACCUGACGGACGAUGCUCUACUAUCAUUACCCAACAUCCAUGCCACUACAAGCAACGACAGUAGUACCACCACCACCACCACCAGCAACGAAGGUAUUUUCUCGGGCUCAUACCCGGUAUCUGUUGCGGCGAUGGACAAAUUCAAGGUCAUGCGAUCAGAUAUCAUUCCGCUCAAGACCUUCACCUACCGCGAAACACUUGUGGUCGAGGCUAAGAGGCCCUCGCGGCCUGCGGCUCCUAUUGCCACGACAACCACAACCAAGACCACAGUAUCGGCAAAGGAGAGUCAGACUACGCCUCCUUUAGUGAAGCGCAGCAUGCCAAAGCUGCCGGCUGGUUGCCGCAGUGGCCAUUCGAAUGUGGUAUCGACAGUGACGAGUGUUGUUGACGAGUUGCCGCUGCCUCGCCAUUUGGCUGGGCGAGAGACACGUUCGAACACGGACUAUCUGAGGAUGAUGGCCUGUGAAUUGGGGAUGAUUCGGUCGCGAAAGCUGAUUGCACCCUUGAGGCCUCGAGGAUACCUUCCCCGUCGCAAAGAUGUGUUCCAUCAUGUGAAAUCCUCGAUGUCGGUGUCGAUGUCUAUGGAGACAUCAUCGGAAGAAGAGGAUUACCACCCGCUAUUCGUCGGUUCCUGGAGCUCGGUUCUGUCGGCAGACUCUUUCCUUUCGGUCUCCUCUUCUGGGUACGCCACUGCCGACGACGAGGGGUUUGAAUAA